CCGCCCCACUCCCCCCCGCCUUCCAUCUCCACAAACACGCACAAAAAAAGGGCCAAAACUCCACCAGGAAAAGGGAAAGCGGGGAAGCCAUGGCGCUCUCCAGCUGGAGCAUGCGCCUCCCCUCCAGCCCCCCCCCCCCCCCCCCCAACCCCCCCCCCAGCCCCUUUCUCCUCAGCCCCUCCGUCCCCAUCCUCAACCCUCGCCCCAGCCGCCUCCCCUACCUCCCCGCCACGUCCCACGUUCCCGAUUCCGGCCGACGCCGCUGCCUCCGCCUGGGCCGCCCGCCCCACGCGUACAUCUCGGCGCCGGCGCCCGGCCCCGACGCCUACCAGUCCCCCUCCUUCGACGCCGCGGAGGCAGCUGCCGAUGUGGCCGCCGCCAUCUCCUCAACUGACGCCAUCACCUGGGCCGGCGUCUGGGCCCUCCUGUCGCAGCACAAGGCCCGCCUAGCGAUCUCCCUCGCCGCGCUCCUCGCGUGCACGACCUGCACCCUCUCCAUGCCGCUCUUCUCAGGGAGGUUCUUCGAAACCCUGAUAGGGAGGGGGUCCGAGCCCCUAACGAGGCUCUUGUCCAAAAUCGCGGUAUUAUACACGCUGGAGCCGAUAUUUACCAUCGUCUUCGUGAUCAACAUGACGGUGGUCUGGGAGAAAGUGAUGGGGAGACUGCGGAGCCAGAUAUUUCGGAGGAUUCUGAUCCAAAAGAUGGUAUUUUUUGAUCGUCACAAGGUCGGCGAGUUAACUGGAUUGUUGACAUCUGAUUUAGGUUCUUUGAAGGGUGUAGUAAGUGACAACAUAUCAAGAGAUCGUGGGCUAAGGGCAUUCUCUGAGAUCACUGGUACACUGUGUAUACUUUUCACAUUAUCCACUGAGCUUGCUCCUGUUCUAGGACUCCUCAUAGUCUCUGUCUCUGUAAUAGUUGCUAUUUUCAAGAGGUCAACUGUCCCCACCUUUAAAUCUUACGGAAUUGUCCAAGCUCAUAUAUCAGACUGCGUGUCAGAAACAUUUUCAGCCAUCCGUACUGUUAGGUCAUUUGGUGGCGAGAAACGACAAAUUUCUAUGUUUGACAACUUGGCACUUUCUUUUCAAAAUAGCGGCACAAAGCUAGGAGUGCUGAAAGCUGCCAAUGAGUCAUUGACUCGAGUGGUAGUUUAUAUUUCCCUAAUGGCACUUUACAUUCUUGGUGGAAGCAAAGUCAGUGCGGGCAAGUUGUCUAUUGGAACAAUGGCAUCUUUUAUUGGUUACACAUUCACACUGACCUUUGCUGUUCAAGGAGCUGUUAAUACCCUUGGUGAUCUGCGUGGGACAUUUGCCUCAAUAGAGAGAAUAAAUUCUGUUCUGUCAGCAAAGGACAUUGAUGAUUCACUUGCAUAUGGUUUAGCGAAAGAACUUGACAAUAAAGAACCUGAAGAUUCUAAUGCUAGAGUGCAUGAAAACGGCACUGUUAACACACAUUACAUGUCAGCACUGAAAUCUUCAAGCAGCUGUAGUGAUCUAGCCUGGUCUGGAGACAUUCACCUGGAAGAUGUUCAUUUCUCCUAUCCACUGAGAUCUGAUGUGGAUGUCUUAAAUGGGCUUGAUCUUGUAAUUGAGUGUGGAAAAGUCACAGCACUUGUUGGCUCUAGUGGUGCUGGGAAAAGUACAGUGGUGCAACUUUUAGCGCGGUACUAUGAGCCUACUCAAGGCCGAAUCACGGUGGCAGGGGAAGACAUUCGUAUAUUUGAUAAAAGAGAAUGGUCUCAAAUUGUAUCCCUAGUGAAUCAGGACCCUGUCCUAUUCUCGGCAUCUGUUGGGGAAAACAUUGCUUAUGGUCUUCCGGAUGACGUUGUCUCCAAGGAUGAGAUAAUAAAAGCUGCUAAAGCUGCCAAUGCUCAUGAAUUCAUCAUCUCGCUUCCACAGGGCUAUGAUACUCUUGUUGGAGAACGAGGUAGUCUCCUAAGUGGGGGACAGAGACAGAGAAUUGCAAUUGCCCGAGCUCUUCUGAAAAAUGCUCCUUUUCUAAUACUUGAUGAGGCUACAAGUGCACUGGACACAACUAGUGAGCGGCUUGUGCAGGAAGCUCUCGAUCUCUUGAUGAAGGGCAGGACUUCUUUGGUGAUCGCCCACAGGUUGAGCACCGUGCAAAACGCGCACCGAAUCGCCGUUUGCUCAGAUGGCAAGAUCAUGGAACUUGGGACGCACGCGGAAUUGGUCGCCAAGGGAGGCAGUUAUGCAGCACUUGUAGGCACGCAAAGGCUUGCCUUUGAGUAAACGCCUUGCUAACAUUUUUUUGUUCCACACACGAUGUUAUAGGCUGCAACCAGUUUGCGAAAUACAUGAAACAAAGAUUAAAGGUUGUAGAAGAUUUACGAAAUUAUACAUUAAUCAUGCAUGUAACAAAAGUGAAACUCAAACAAGAAUAGAGCACUCUGUAUUGUCUGAGUCCUCAUCGAGUGCAAUGUGUUUACAGUGAAGCAGAAAAGAAGUUUUGUUUC